AUGACACCACGCUCUACGGAGAUCCUGGUAGCCGUGGAGUGCCUCAAGGCCGGCCAGAAGGCUUGUACGGCAGACAGCAACGGCAACAUCGGUUCCGACAACAAGGGCAGAAACAACUUUUGCACCAAGAACAUUGCGGAUGACAACAUAGGCCACAUGCAGCUCAACUUUCGUCUCGCUUCCCAGUGCAAUGUGAGCCUUGGGCUUUGUUCGUUGGGGGAAGAAGAGAGCGGGGUUUCAAGGCACAAGGGCUUCAGCAAGUCCGGGUCCAUUCGCACCUCGACCCUUCAUACCAUGGGACUGUCCAUGUCAGCCAUCCGUGUGAGCACCCUGGAGAUCAUGACACCACGCUCUACGGAGAUCCUGGUAGCCGUGGAGUGCCUCAAGGCCGGCCAGAAGGCUUGUACGGCAGACAGCAACGGCAACAUCGGUUCCGACAACAAGGGCAGAAACAACUUUUGCACCAAGAACAUUGCGGAUGACAACAUAGAAGUCACCACCGCCAAUUGCCAAGAAGUCUCCAUCCCCACCCGCUAG